AUGAAUCCUCGUAUCCGGCAGGUGGUCACCUACCUUGUCUUUCCUUUCCCUCCCCAGUCAGAGGACCUCGGCGCCUGUGCCCAGUUCGAGAGCAGCAGGCAGAACAGGAACAUGAUGCCCAGCAACAGCUGCGUCUUCCCGACCUUCAACCUGAGGAAGCCUUCCUCGGAGACAGACAUCGAGAACUGGGCCUCCAAGCACUUCAACAAGCACACGCAGGGCCUCUUCCGGCGCAAGGUCUCCAUCGCCAACAUGCUGGCCUGGAGCAGCGAGUCCAUCAAGAAGCCCAUGAUCAUGACCACCGACCGCAACGUCAAGAAGGAGGCCUGCGACAUCUUCAAGCUCAUCCAGAUGUACAUGGGGGACCGGCGGGCCAAGACGGACCAACUCAACGUGGCCCUGGAGAUCGCCACCAAGGGCUGGAGCAUGCAGGGCCUCCGGGACGAACUCUACAUCCAGCUGUGCCGGCAGACGACGGAGAACUUCCGCUACGAGAGCCUAGCCCGGGGCUGGGAGCUCAUGUCCAUCUGCCUGGCCUUCUUCCCGCCCACCCCCAAGUUCCAUUCCUACCUAGAAGGGUACAUUUACAGGCACAUGGAUCCGGUAAACGAUACGAAAGUGACUCAGCACAUUAAAGAGCUCCUGGAAAGGAACACUAAGAAGAAGUCCAAAUUGAGAAAGAAACCCAAGCCCUAUAUCGAAGACCACGAUGGGGUGGCCAUCAGCACUUACGCCAAGUACUGUUACAACAAGCUUCAGAAAGCGGCCUUGACGGGAGCCAAGAAG